AUGCCUGUCGACAAAGGCCCUCAGAUAACUGCUGUGUCAUGGAGCUUUGGGGGCGUGGCAAUCAUAGUCGUCACCAUCCGACUGUAUACCCGGCUGAUACUGACUCGCAAAGCAGGCUGGGACGACUUCUUCAUUGUUCUUUCCCUGUUGAGCGCUAUUGUAUGUUCAGGGCUAGCCCAAACCGGCGUGCAUUAUGGGUUGGGGAAACACAUGGCCGACAUCUCCAAUGCCGAAUGGAAAAUCGAGGCUUUUAAGUACACCGUCAUCGCACCAAACUUCUCCAUGGUCAGCACCACAACAGGAAAGCUAUCCGUGGCCGUCUUCCUUCUACGCCUGAUGGGUCAGACGGCUUCUCCGGCAAAACGAUGGUUCCUCUACAUCUUCAGUGUAAUAUCUGUCGCCUGGAAUGUGCUGGCUAUUGUUGCCAUCAUGGGGUAUUGUCGGCCUGCGGAGAAGAUCUGGCGGCCUGAGGUUCCUGGAUCCUGCUUCAGCUUGAAAUUCCAGCUGAUCGCUGGUAUAUCGCAAGCCUCAUUCAACGCAUUCGCCGACCUUACCUUAGCCUUGUUUCCAAUCAUCAUCUUCUGGUCCGUCCAGCUGCCCUGGAAAAUGAAGCUAGGUGUUAUAGCCGUUAUGGGCGCGGGAAUCUUGGCGGCGGCAGCAACCUUGGUUAAGGCCAUUCUGCUAAAAAGUCUUCCGGCCCAUUCAGACAUAACUUGGUCUUGGGCCGAUAUUACAACAUGGUACUCAAUCGAGGUAAGCAGGAACCUUCAUCUCAGCAAAGCUUACCUAUACUUUUAUCAUGCGCUAAGUGGCGCCCAUCCGGUUCAUCGACAGAUGUAUGUGAUCAUCAUCUGCGCCACUCUCCCUACCCUCCGACAAUCAUACAACUUUGCCUUGCAUCGAACACGCUAUCUGGGUUCAUACUACAAAGGCUCCCACUCCGAAGAAGCAGCAGCAGCACGACAGAAGCCUAUCCCUCUUGUUCGGCGCCAACCCGAUCAGUCGCUUUUCGAGACAUUCGCUGACGAAACCGGUCUGGUGAAUGUAGCUUCUCACGAAGAUAGCCACGUCUCGCCUGAAAGGGGUUCAAAUCAUACGUCCAUCACAAAGACUACGGAGAUUGAGGUCCACGAGGAGAGCAAGUCCAAAGGGGAUAUCGAGAAUCCUCACUUCCCGCGAGCGAACCCCUUUAGGACAGAUCAUCAGUAG